CAAAAAGCGAAGGAAAGUAUCCCGGCAACAAAGCUUUCCGAGGGUCGUGCGGUGAGCGAGCGCCGGCCGGAGGUCGCAUGUGCCUCAGAUGCGCCAGGGCUUCCCUCUCCAGUCGACGCUGGCCCUGGUGCUGCACGUCCUGACCGGCGCCCUCCUUCCACAAGUCGCCUGGGCCGACCAGAAGUGCUCUAGCCUUGGCUUCGGCGGCGCCUGGCUCAACCCGUGCGGCUACUGCGUGGGCGGCAACACGGGCCUGGAGCGGACGCACGGCCGAGACUGCCGGGGCACCUGCGGUGGCACGGCGCGCAGAGACUGCAACGGAGUCUGCGCAGGGGGCGCCUACGUCGAGCCAUGCUCCGGCCAGUGCGUGUACGGCAAGCACAGCAAGGUGUACGCUGCCCGCAAAGAGCAGCUAGCCCAGCACCGGGACUGUCGCGGCAUCUGCCUGGCGAGCCAGGCUGCGACACCGGCCCGGCCUACGUCGCAGUCGUACACCAGGGACUCAUGCGGGGUCUGCGUCCGUGGUGCGGUCACCAAGGACGCCAGCGCCUACAAGGACUGCCUCGGAGUGUGUCGCAUGCCCGGUAUGUCUCGAGACAAGGCCAAAUUGAUGUGCGGCAGCUGCGUCGGCGGUAACGGAACUGUAACCAAGGUCGACGUACUGGACGGCUGCGGAAACUGCAAGACGUCCAAAUCACCGUGCCUCUGUGACGGAAAGGGCGAGAAGGACGAGUGUGGCGUGUGCAACGGCAAAGGCACAUCUUGCUUCGUUCUCAAAGCAGUGCGACCGUCGGCCGUUCCCGCUGACGUGGACGUACAGGUCACCCUAGAGGGCGCCUUCAACGGCGAGUCACGCGACGUCCUCUGCGUGUUCCGGAAGCGCGAGGCGACCUCGGCAGAGUCCGGCGAGCCUCCUCCUCCAAUCACGGCCGCGGGCCGUGGCAACGGCACUGUGUUCGUCUGUCAGCCCAGGGCAUUCUCUCAAGGAACGUAUGUAGUGACCGCGCGACUUUCACGGAUCGGCAAAGAGGUGAACAUCUCAGACACGGUCCUCACAGCAUUCAACAAUGAAGGCAAGUCUGGUUCAAAUGGAGGAAAAGGGAAAUGGGGUGCCCAGUGA